UUGUUUGUUUCCAUGACCCUGCGUGAAUGAAUGAAUGGGCGUCUGCGCGUUCACCUGCCGCGGGCACACGCAGAGGAUGGAGAGGAGAAAGAGUAUGUGGGUUUCGCCACGCUGCCCAAUCAGGUUCACAGGAAGUCUGUGAAAAAAGGGUUCGAUUUCACGCUCAUGGUGGCAGGAGAGUCUGGCUUAGGAAAAUCCACACUGAUCAACAGCUUGUUCCUCACAGACCUGUACAAGGACCGCAAGCUGCUGAACGCUGAAGAGCGCAUCAGCCAGACGGUGGAGAUCAUCAAACACACGGUGGACAUCGAGGAGAAAGGAGUCAAGCUCAAACUCACCAUCGUGGACACUCCGGGUUUCGGAGACGCCGUCAAUAAUACAGAGAGCUGGAGGACCAUCACUGACUACAUCGAGCAGCAGUUUGAGCAGUAUUUCCGGGACGAGAGCGGCUUGAACAGGAAGAACAUCCAGGAUAAUCGCGUUCACUGCUGCUUAUACUUCAUCUCUCCAUUUGGACACGGGCUGCGGCCGGUGGAUGUGGAGUUUAUGAAGGCUCUGCAGGACAAGGUGAACAUCGUGCCGCUCAUUUCCAAGGCUGACUGUCUGACGCCAGCGGAGAUGAGGAAGAUGAAGGACAGGGUGAGGGAGGAGAUCGAGAAGUUCGGCAUUAAAGUUUAUCAGUUUCCAGACUGUGAUUCAGACGAGGACGAAGAGCUGAAGCAGCAGGACCGAGAGCUGAAGGAAAGUACUCCAUUUGCUGUGAUUGGGAGCAACACUAUAGUGGAGGUCAAAGGUCAGCGGGUGAGAGGGAGACUUUACCCAUGGGGCAUCGUGGAAGUGGAGAACCAGUCUCAUUGUGAUUUCGUCAAGCUGAGGAACAUGUUGAUUCGCUCACACAUGCACGACCUGAAGGACAUCACAUGCGACGCUCACUACGAGAACUACAGAGCGCAGUGCAUUCAGCAGAUGACCAGCAGCAAACUGACGCAGGAUAAUCGUGUGGAGAGUCCCAUACCGAUCCUGCCUCUGUCCACCCCUGAUGUAGAAACAGAGAAACUGAUCAAGAUGAAGGAUGAGGAGUUGCGGAGGAUGCAAGAGAUGCUUCAGAAGAUGCAACAGCAGAUGCACGAACAAGACCUGUGAAAACACACACCCUUUUACCACAAGCAGACACUCAACACUUCAACACACACUUAAGGAUGUGGAGGAGAAAACAAACACAUGCGCUUGUACUGUAUGUUCGCUAACACUUUAGUUUAAGGACCAGUUCUCACUCUUAAAGGGACAGUUCACCCAAAAAAUGACAAUUUGGUCAUCAUUUGUUUACCCCAAAGCAUUCUGUUGCUUAGUUACAAACUUGUCAAUCAUUUUGUCGCAUAAUUUAUUGUAUAUUUAAGUUUCUUCUAUAUUGCAGAUGCAUUUGCAGAAGUUGGCAUAAUUACACAUUUAGGAGUUUUAUUACCAAACACGUCUUCAUAUACAUUCACAAUGUGCAGCUGAAACAUUAAAUAAGUAUUAUUUUACAAAAAUCGGAUAUUAAGAGACUAAAGCCUCAAUAUUUUGAGAAGAAAGUCUAAAUAUUACGAGAAAAAAUUGAAAUAUUAUGUGGUCAAAAUGUUAUGAGAAUAAGUUUACAUAGUAUGAUAAAUAAAGUCAAAAUUGUAUGCGAAUAAAGUUGAAGUAUUACGAAAAUAAUGUCAAAAUAUUAUGAAAAUAGCAUCAAAAUAUUGAGAUUAAAAUCCUAAUAUUUCAAGAAUAAGCCUAAACAAUUUGAAAUAUUAUGAGAACAAAGUCAAAAUAUUAUCAGAAUAAAGUCAAAAUGUUAUGUGAAUAUAGUCAAAAUAUUAUGGGAAUAAAGUUGGAAAAUUACUAAAAUAAAGUGAAUAAUUAAAAUAAUUCCAGAAUAAAUUAUUUUGAGAAAAAGUCGUGGCAAUUUGAGAUUAACUUGAUAGGCUCUUUUGAAGAAUUUUGAAAACCGGUAACUUAUUGACUUUCAUUCACUCAUUCAUUCAUUUUCCUUCACCUUAGUUCCUUAUUUAUCAGGGGUCGCCACAGCGGAAUGAACCGUGAACUAUUCCAGCAUAUGUUUUACACAGUGGAUGCCCUUCCAGCUGCAACCCAGUACUGGGAAACACCCAUACACGCUCAUUCACACACACACACACACACACACACACACACACACACACACACACACACUCAUACACUAUGGCUAAUUUAGUUCAUCAAUUCUCCUAUAGCGCAUGUGUUUGGACUGUGGGGGAAACCGGAGCAAUCAGAGGAGAACAUGCAAACUCCACACAGAAAUGCCAACUGACAUAGCCGGGACUCGAACCAGCGACCUUCUUGCUGUAAGGGCACAGUGCUAACCACUAAGCCACUGUGCCACCACAAAGCCAAAAUAUUACAAUAAAAAUGUCAAAAUAUUACAGGAAUAAAGUCAAAAUAUUUUAAGAAUAAUUGACAUAAUUCAAGAAUAAAGUCGAAAUAUGAAAUAAUAUUUUUUUUUAUAAUAAUUUGAGAAAAAUAUGAGAUUAAAUUCAUAGCCUUUUUUUUGAAGAAUGAAACCGGUAACCAUUGACUUCCAUAAUAUUUGUUUUUAUGGACAUCUGCUUCCAACGUCCUCAAGAAUAUCUUAUUUUGUUUUCAACAGAACAAAAAAGACCUCUCAAUUCAUGACAGAAUAUAGAUUUUUUUGGUGAACUAUCCCUUUAAGCCUUAUUACAUGCCUAGAAUUAAGAAAUUAGCUGUUAUUAGUACUUACAAAGCACACAUUCUGCAUGAUCUUAUUCUGCAUCCUUAAAACCGUACAAACAACCACCUUAAUAACUAAUAAGCACCACAUUAGUAGUUUGAGGCGAAGUAAUAAUUAAUGGUUUAAUAGUGAGAAUUGUACUUUAAAGUGGACCUAUUAUGCCUCUUUUUAAAAGAUAAAUAAAAUCUCCCUAGUGUGUGUGAAGUUUGAGCUCAAAAUAGCCCACACAUAAUGUUCUCUAGCUCUCUGAAACGGACCCUUUUAGGCUUUGAUCCUAAUUGUGGCGUUUUGGUGACUGUCGCUUUAAAUUUAAAUGAGAUUGAGCUCUUUUUCAAUGCUACAAAUGCUUAUGUGUCAGCAUAGUGGCAGAUUCAAAAACAAGACUAAUGUCCUAUGCUAAUGAGGGAGAGAUGAGCACUAGUGGGCGGGGCUUUCCCCCUCUGAUGACAUCAUACAAAUAGAAAAUGUCAAUGAAAGUGUUUCUGCAGACUGUUUUAAUCAAGUCUGAUUAUAAACAAUACAAUUUAUUGAUGUUCACUAUUAAAAGCUGAUUAUAUUCACACACUGCUGACACACAACUGUAUUUAAACCCCUUAUGAAAGUGAUUUCUGCAUAAUAGGUGCCCUUUGACACUUAAUAGACAGAUGAAUGCAUGUGUUGAGCACUGCGGUUCACAGGGUCACUCCUGCCUGAAAUAUAAAACCAGGCUUUAAGUUGAAAUAUUUAGUACUGUUCAAACAUUUAGUGAUUAUAGCUGGUUUUCACACUUUGUACAGUCCAUGUGAUGCUGUAUGACUGUUUCCACGGCAACGACUGCUUUAUUCACAGCAGACCUGGCAAAUGUUGCUUCAUUUUUUGUUUGUUUGCAGUUUUUGUGAGCUGUUUAUAUCCUGUUUUUUUAAUAUAUUAUGUGCAAAUGUGUGCCGAUUUGCUUAAAACAAAAGCACUGGGUGGAAACCAAAUAUCUGAGUGAUUUUCUACAAGCUACAGCGACAAAAUCAUCCCAUUUUGAACGAGGUUUACACAGCUGAGAAGUGUUUUGUGAAAACUUUCCAGUGUUAUAAUAUACAUUUUAACAUAUUAAAUGUUAUUUUUCAUCUGUUUAUUAACUUAUAUCUGUGCAGGCAAGAGAGUUUCACUGAUUAUUUGACUGAUUGUUCCAAUAUGUGUUUUUGCAAGUUUUUACAAGUCACGUUAAUAAUAAACUCUUAAAAAUAAAGAAACAAAGAGGUUUUUUCUCAC